GCCUCUUCGCGGCGCUGUGCGACACCUGCGUUUGCGGCCGGGCCGGGCGCGCUUUACGGCCGGAAGGGCCGCCCGUGGCCGGCUGCGUUCGCGACAGCGGGGAGGAGGCGGGGGCGCCUCGCAGCCGCGGGGGAGGGGGGGGACGAUGCCCCUGGAGGUGCCUUGGCCCUUCCCACCGGCCCCGCGGCUGCCCUGGACCCUGGCCAGUCGCCUGGUCACCGGCCUGGUGGGCACCUACAGCUGCUUCUGGACAAGGCGCAUGAACCGGCUGCGAGUCCAUAACAAGGAGGUUCUGUAUGAUCUGGUCGAGCGGCGCCAACCCGGCACCCCCCUCAUCACUGUGUCCAACCACCAGUCCUGCAUGGAUGACCCCCACCUCUGGGGUAUAUUGAAGCUUCGGCACGUCUGGAACGUGAAGAAGAUGCGCUGGACUCCCACGGCCGCUGACAUCUGCUUCACCCGAGAGUUGCACUCGCGCUUCUUCAGCCUGGGCCAGUGCGUCCCCGUGUGCCGAGGGGACGGCGUCUAUCAGAAGGGGAUGGAUUUCAUCCUGGAGAAGCUGAACCGCGGCGACUGGGUGCACAUCUUCCCCGAGGGCAAGGUGAACAUGAGCCAGGAAUUCAUGCGCUUCAAGUGGGGGAUUGGGCGACUCCUGGCCGAGUGCCGGCAGCACCCUGUCAUCUUGCCCCUCUGGCACGUUGGUCUGAAUGAUGUGCUGCCCAACACCCCCCCGUAUGUGCCCCGUGUCGGCCAGCGGAUCACCGUUCUCAUCGGGAAACCCUUCAGCGUCCGGCCCGUGCUGGAGCGUCUCCAGGCUGAGAACAAGUCAGCGGUGGAGAUGCGCACGGUGCUGACGGAUUUCAUCCAGGGCGAGAUCCAGGUGCUGAAGGGCCAGGCUGAGCGGCUGCAUCAGACAUUCCAGUGGCAGAGAUAGCCCCGGGGGGGGGGGGGGCGGCUGGCCCAGUCCCUGCCCCACAGCUCCGCCCCACCUGCACGCCGGCCCCUCCCCUCUUCCCCACUCGCUGUCAGGCUGGCACCGCCCUGCCCGACACCUCUGCCCCACACGCCAGCCGGCUGGCCCAUUCCCUGCCCCACUCGCCGGCCAACCAGUCCAUCCCCACCCCCUGUGAUAGGAGAUUGCCCCAUUGCUGCAGCUGCCCCUCACCCGCCAUGGGGCAGGGUCUGGUUGAGCAGUCCACAUGUGAGGACCCCUGGAAACCAUUGGAGCCUCCUGUCCCCCUGGACUCUUCCUGUGGCCCCCCCGGCCCCUACCGGUGAAGGCCUUUACAAAGGGGGUCAGCCCCUGGGGGGCUGCUGGCCACACCCCAUCCAAGCUGUGGGCGCCCUGCUGGGUCAGGCUGGAUUGGAAGGGGUGUUUCCUCCUGGGGGGGAAAUAACCCCCCCCCCGGACAUGUAUGGGGUUCAAAGUGGGCUGCUGGCUCAACUCCCCUAAAUCAUGCAGAAAGACAGUGACUUGCAUGAGUCAGGAUAGGGGCCCCCGGCACCCCCCUUCUACUCCCUGCAGGCCCUGGCACCCAGCCCCUCCUCCCUCAUUUUUUUUACUCUGGACUUUUCCAAUAAAGGAUUUUAACCCUGA